GCUUUAACCACCACGACACCUGCUGGCCCCUCUUUUUUCACUUUUUAAAAAUGCGUCUACUGUUAACAUUUAAAAUUGCAUGUGUGGCUUGGAUUACGGCCUACUAGACAGCAUCCUGGUUGUGCUAGUCACACUUUACCCGCGGACUCCCCCGAGAGUUUCGCUAGCGCCCUUCACAGGACCCAGCACUGAGGAAAGGCCGAGCCUGCGAUCUGGACCAUCCGGUUUUCCUGUCAACGUGUCCGGCUAGCACGGGGAAGGGCUCCGGUGGUCCCACCCAGGGCUAAAGUUUGGCAGCCAUCAAAAAUGGAUGUAGUUUUCGCGCCAUCCAUUCACUCUGCUGCAGGGGUUCAUCGCGCAGUUCUCCGAGCCCGGGGCCGGCCGUAGCACUCUCGGCCUUCCAGGACCAGGACAGCUCCGGAGGCUCCUCUCUUCACCUCUCCUAUAGCGGCCGCCCUAAUGGCGUCACAGGGCUCGCCACGACCACAAAGGAAAGCAACCGGGUGGGCGCGGCGCCCUUCAAUCAACAGCCGCCUCACUUCGGGCGGAUCCAGGAUCUGGUUAGCCAUACGCUUCCUUCAUCUUCCGGGGCCUCGGCGCGGCGGGGGCGUGGCCACGGAUAGGCGGGAUUUCCUGUCUGGAGUGAAUAACUUCCGGCGGGUACCGGAAGUUCCCCAGUAGGAGUAGGGAAGCCAGCGCGAGCUGGGCUUCUUGGUGGAGCUGAAGAGUGCUAAGUUCGGAGGCUCUGUGGGGCCGGGGUGCUGGUCAGGUUCGUGGGUUGGUUCCCUCUUAUUCCUCGCCUGGCGAUGGCGACGUACACCUGCAUCACCUGCCGGGUGGCGUUCCGCGACGCGGAGAUGCAGCGGGCCCACUACAAGACGGACUGGCACCGCUACAACCUGCGGCGGAAAGUGGCCGACAUGGCUCCGGUCACUGCCGAGGGCUUCCAGGAGCGGGUGCGGGCGCAGAGGGCCGUGGCGGAGCAGGAGAGCAAGGGCACGGCCACCUACUGCACCGUGUGCAGUAAGAAGUUUGCCUCCUUCAACGCCUACGAAAACCACCUUAAGUCCCGGCGACACGUGGAGCUGGAAAAGAAGGCUGUGCAGGCCGUGAAUCGGAAAGUGGAGAUGAUGAAUGAAAAGAACUUGGAGAAAGGACUGGGUGUGGACAGCGUGGACAAGGAUGCCAUGAACGCGGCCAUCCAGCAGGCCAUCAAGGCUCAGCCGUCUAUGUCUCCCAAGAAGGCGCCCCCAGUGCCUGCGGAAGAGGCCCAGAGUUCUGUGGCGGUGGCAGCUGGCGGGCGUGUGACUCACGAACGAGACCCGGCGGAGAAGCCGCCCCGGCUCCAGUGGUUUGAACAGCAGGCGAAGAAGUUGGCAAAGCAGCAGGCGGACGACAGUGCGGAGGAGCAGGAGGAGGAGGACCUGGAUGGAGAUGAUUGGGAAGAUAUUGAUUCUGAUGAAGAAUUGGAGUGUGAGGAUUCUGAAGUAAUGGAUGAUAUGGAGGAGCAGGAUGCAGAGGAGGAAGAGGCUGGGGGAAGUCCACCUGUUGGUGCCAUUCCUAUAACAGACUGCUUAUUUUGUUCCCAUCAUUCAAGCUCCCUUAUGAAAAAUGUGGCUCAUAUGACUAAAGUCCACAGCUUCUUUAUUCCUGAUAUAGAAUAUCUUUCAGAUCUUAAAGGCCUGAUUAAAUAUUUGGGAGAGAAAGUUGGAGUUGGGAAGAUUUGCUUGUGGUGCAAUGAAAAAGGGAAAUCCUUCUACUCCACAGAGGCUGUACAGGCACAUAUGAAUGACAAAAGCCACUGUAAGCUCUUCACAGAUGGUGAUGCUGCUUUGGAAUUUGCAGACUUCUAUGAUUUUAGGAGUAGCUACCCAGAUCACAAGGAAGGGGAGGACCCUGAUGAGGCUGAGGAGUUUCCCUCAGAAAAGAACUUGGAAUAUGAUGAUGAAACCAUGGAACUGAUUCUGCCUUCUGGUGCCAGAGUGGGUCAUCGCUCCUUGAUGAGAUACUACAAACAGCGAUUUGGCUUGGCAAGAGCUGUGGCAGUUGCUAAAAAUCGGAAGGCUGUGGGUCGGGUGCUCCAGCAGUACAGAGCCCUGGGCUGGACUGGCAGCACAGGAGCAGCUCUUAUGCGAGAGCGGGACAUGCAGUAUGUCCAAAGGAUGAAAUCCAAAUGGAUGCUGAAGACAGGAAUGCAGAACAAUGCCACCAAGCAGAUGCACUUCAGGGUCCAAGUGAGAUUCUGAGAGUGCCAGGACUAAGUGACCCAUCUCCUGCACACUUUGCUUCUUGCCCGAGGGUGGGCAGAAGCUGAAUUAUACCAUCGACCCUUUUGCUGCUACUUUAUUUGUUCUGACCUAAUAAUAAAAGUCAGAGUCAUAUUUGCUUUCUACCGUCAUUCCUGAA